GUACUAGAAAUCACCCAAUGUUUCAAAAACAAAACAUAACUUCUCAAUUUCUAGAAAAAUUCAAAUAUUUAAUUAAAAAAAAAAAGUCAAGUCCUUUCUAGUCAUCUGUCUCAAGUCAUGAAUACCAAGUCAAAGUCAAGUCGAGUCUUUUAUCAAUGUUAGUCAAGCAAGUCUCAAGUCCUCAAAUUUGCGACUCGAGUCUGACUCGAGUCAAGUCAUGUGACUCGAGUGCCCAUACAACCUUUAUGAUUGAAUUGUUUACUAAAGCCCCAAGUUCUUCAUAGAUCUAGCCUCGUAAUUAUGCUUUCAAAGUGCUCCAGAUUGAUGCAUUUAACUUUAAAAUGUUCUUGCGGGGGAGCACCACACCGCAGUCUCUCAAAUCUCUGUGGGAAACACUGUAUUACAUCAUCCAACACUAGCGCCCCCACUUCAAAACUCAUUCCAUUGUUGUCGCUAUUAGUCAGUUGGACACUAAAACAUGGUAACCCUUUAAGUACAGUACUUGAGUAAAUGUACUUAGUUACAUUCCACCACGGACGUUAGCCAAAAAGGAUUUUAACCCCGAACUGAUAAAAAGCAUUUUGAGCUAAUAAUAGGAAUAAUAUCAGCUGUGUAUUCUGUUAUUUUUCUAUUCUCUUGUUAAUAAUGAAGCUUACACAGUGCACCACAAACCUGGCUUUUAUGGCUCUCAUGGAAACAAACACACACACCCACGGCAUAAAGUCUGGGUCAUAAAACGGGGUGAUAAUCAGGCUUAUCUCCUAUAGCUCCACCUUUACACCCUCCACCCUCAAAUAUAUAUUUAAACAGUUUCCCUCUGUUACAUCUGCUGCUUGAACAGUCAUCACAAGUGUGUCAGAGCAAAAGGAGAAUAUUCUGGUCGAAGGAGCUGUUGGGAUUUUAGACAUUUUUUUCACCUUGUUGAGCGACCUCCAUCCGCAGACAUCAUGUGUACGGGAUCCUGUUCCAAGUUCAUCGCCGUCCCGCUCUACGUCCUGGCUUUUGUGUCGAUCCUCUGCAACAUCAUGCUCUUCUUCCCCGACUUUGAGACGAAGUAUGCGGCCGAAGACCGGGACGGAAAGAAUCGUAUCACCGAGGAGGUCAAAUACAUGGCGGGCCUGAUAGGAGGAGGAAUCAUGGUCCUCAUUCCUGCCAUCCACAUUCAUCUGACCAGUGCUAAGAACUGCUGUUCCAACCGCUGUGGGAUGUUCCUGUCCAUUGGUUUUGCAGCCGCUGGUGUGUUGGGGGCCGUGUACAGUCUGAGUGUUGCUGCUCUGGGCCUGGCUAACGGGCCAACGUGCUUCUGGAGCAACAAACACAACAUCAUUCCACAAUGGGGGACGCCCUUCGCCGAAAGUAACGGGAGCUACCUGACUGACAAGGAUGUGUGGAGUUGGUGUAAACUUCCGGAGAAUGUGGUUGAAUUCAACGUGGGACUGUUCUCCACUCUGCUGGUGGCGGCGUGCUUUGAGCUCGCCCUCUGUCUCAUCCAGAUGAUCAACGGACUAUUUGGAUGCCUCUGUGGCACCUGUGGCAAAGAGUAAGCUCAACUACAACACACCAUGACUUCUUGAAGACGAAAUGACAGCGACCACCAUCAUCACCAUCAACUCUGUCAUCAUCAUCAUCAUCAUCAUGAUGAGAUAGGGGUUGAGAGUCUUUAUUAACAUAUUGUUCAUCUGUCCAAAUCAUCAUAUUAUAAAUUCUUCAAGAGGAAUGACUGGGAUUAUCAAUGAAUAUUACUUCCUCAACUAUCAUUGCUCUGAUCGUUUAGCCUGUAGGAAAAAACUGAUGUAUUCUGUAUAUGUAUCUGUAACUUAGUAUGUUUAAAAAAUAUUUUGUAAUAAAGCUGUGAACAUAAGCUAACAGAGGACGAUACAAUACAAUAGAUGAAUUAACAAUAUUCAGUGAUGGAAUGUAACUUAAAGGGAUAGUUCGGGUGUUUUGAAGUGGGGUUGUAUGAGGUACGUUACUUCCAGAGUAACAGCACGGGAGUAAAGCAACAUACUGCUGUGGACAGGGGCAGCAGCAAAACAGAUUUUAGACACCUAAAAAACAUCAAUAUCAGUUUAAUUGUACACUAUAUUUUGAAUAUUUUUACCUCACUGUGAGACAGCUAUGUUUCCAACGAGGAAC